UCGACUAACAUAUCAAAUGAAAAUUCUAAGUAAUCCCCUUCGGGCCAUAAAUUCAAGAUACCUAGGCGGUAGUCGCUUGCAGGUUUGGCGCCGAACCAGAUCCAAUGUCCACGAUGACGAAGAGCACAGAAUUUCUGAGCGCAGUAGGAAAAUCAUCCAUAUCGUCAAGAUGUGCAUCCUGUUGCUGCUCUGGGGCGCCUGCACCUUCAUAGUAUUCGUAUUUGCCGCAGAUCAAAAACCGCGCAGUACGAUGGUGACGGUGAUGCCCAAUAAAACAGUCUUCAGGACGGUGGAGCUGCCCCAUGGGGUGGUGAGAAUUACGCUGCUUGGAGCCGUGGACUGGUACCUCAUGAGGUUUCCCGAAGAGGAUAAUGGGAUUUAUGGAGCGGGCUUGCGAGUGGAGUGCUUUAGCUCCGAUCUGAAUGUGAGCUACCACCGAUCGGACAUGUGGAAUAUUGUAAUGAACAGCGAUACGACGGCGUAUCUGGAGGUCUCGAAGAACUUCAUGCUGCACGAAUGGAUUGGUGGCGAUAGGCAGGCGGUGAUCUCCCUGGAGAGCAAGCAGGACGCGCCGGUGUCCCUGCACAUGCUGAUAAACACCAAUCCCCUGAUCACCAACACGUGCGUCCUCUAUGCGGGCCUCCUGAUCCUCGGUCUCUAUAUGCUGAUCGUCUUCGAUGUCAUAGACCACACCUUUGCCGCCCUCAUUAUAGCCACCACUGCUAUAGCGAUCCUGGGUCUCCUGGAGCAGCGGCCCACUGUGCACACCAUAUUGUCCUAUAUUAACUUUGAGUCGCUGAUGAUGCUCUUUGGCCUAAUGACCAUUGUGGAUAUUAUGGCUACGACGGGAGUGUUUGAAUACCUGGUUGUUUGGACUUAUAGAAUUUCCAGGGGUCGUCCGUGGCCUCUGAUAUUUUUCCUGAGCAUGUUGACUGCCUUCUUGUCCGCCUUCCUGAACAGCGAUAACAUGGCGCUGGUCCUAACCCCCAUUACCAUUCGAUUGUGCGAGGAGACGUCCUUGAAGACGGCUUAUGUCCUGGUUAUAAUGGCCAUCUUUGCAGACAUGGGGGGUGCCCUGACCCCCAUGGGCAAUCCACCCAAUGCCAUAGUGACCACCAAUCCUGCGGUGGUGGCCGAAGGCGUGGACUUUGUUAACUUCGUAGUCCACAUGCUGCCGGGAGUGCUGGUGGCCAUGUUCGUGGUCUUCGGCAUAGUCUAUGUGACCCACAGGAAGAGCAUCCUUGAGCUGGACCAGCAUCAGCUGGACCUGAUGAGGGAGAGGGAGGGGGAGAAGGAACCGCCCAGUCAGGAGACCCAGAAUCGCAUAGCUAAGCUCAAGGAGGAGGGACCAGGAAGAUUCUGGCUCAAGCCGGCGGAGAACUAUCCGGAAACCUUGGUGGGAUUGGAGGAGGGCAGUCGGAUCCGGGACAAGCCGCUUCUGAUCAAGUGCUGCGUAGCCCUAAGCUUUGCCUUUCUCUGCAUGGUGCUCCACUCCAUUCCCAAGGUGGCCGAUGGCGCUACCCUGGGCUGGGUCAUCCUGCUGGCCGCCUUCCUGCUCAUCAUCCUGGACGACAAGAACGACCUGACUGCCACCCUCGAAAUCAUCCAGUGGACCAUCCUCCUCUUCAUCGCCGCCCUUUUUGUCCUGUCGGAAGCAGUGGAUCAGCUGGGUUUCUUCGAAUGGAUUGGGGACAGGACUGUGAUGUUCCUGACCAGCUUGGAGCCACAGCACCAGACGGCGGUGACCACCAUGAUCCUCCUUUGGACGACCGCUUUGCUCACGAUCUUCAUCGACAACGCUGCCGUCACCAUCUUCAUGCUGAAGUUCAGUUUCCAGAUGGCCAGCAAGGACGAUAUUCCACUCCCCCCGAUGUUCUGGGCCCUGACUUUUGGCGCUUGUUUCGGGGGAAAUGGAUCCCUCUUCGGGGCGGUGUCCAACGAGAUCAUCGCCCUGAUCGCCCUUCAACAUGGUUACAAGAUCUCCUUUUGGCACUUUUUCGUUAUUGGCUUUCCGCUCAUGCUGGUGACCAUGGUGAUUGGCUCUGCCUAUCUUCUGAUUGCCCACUCUGUCUUAAGUUGGAACUAACAUUGAAAAUUCUGUCUGUCUUAUCAUAGUAAUUUGUCCAGGUACCAAGCAUAUGUAACAAUUAAAUCAUUAAAAUAAAUUUUUAAGGCCUAC